GUCUCUUCAGCCGAGAAUAUCCUACACUGUGCCUACACCUGCGCUAUCGUUGCUCAUGUCGGACCCAAAGACCCAUCAUCGCAUGUUGGCGUAGGUCAUCUCCGGGCCGCGCGCGGAGUUUCGGCCGUGUCGCUCUGGCCAAUGUCAGGCACGUAGCUCUACGUGGCGCCUCCAAAGGCCAUCCUAAACUCCAGCCAUAUAUACCCUGCCGUCCACCCAACAGACCAUCAUUCAGUGCUCAUCCUUUCGAGUGUCUAGUGCCCAGUGUCCAGUGUCCGACCUAACCCAAAAUGUUCGCUUUCGCCGUCUUCGCCUUGGUCGCGAUAGCCGCCGCCGACAAGCCCGAACCGACCGGCUACAACCCGGCCGCCCAGCUCGUCUUGCUCCCCCUCAAGUCGGCCGCCUACACUGCACCCCCUCAGCCCCAGCUCCCCUUCAUCCCCGUCGUGCCCGCUCCCGUGGAGUCCGCUAACGUCAAGGCCCAAGUGGAAAGUGUCCCGUCCACCACCCCCAAAGCCGCACCCGCGGAAGAAGCUCAGAGCGGCCAGUACUACAUCCUGUCUCCAGAGGGACGCCUCCAGAAGGUCGAGUACUUCACCGCCGCUCAGCCCCAGCCGGAGGUCGCUCAGAAGGCGGCUCAGUACAACGCCAAGCCGGCUCCGGCCCAGUACAACGCUGAACCCGCCAAGCCGGCUCAGUUCAAAGGUACCGUCUCCAGCUUCCAGUACAAGGAUGUUGAGCCCGUCACCGCUCCCAUCUACUCCUACACAAACGUCCCCGGACCCCUGGUGCGCAUUCUUCGCCGUGCUGAGUACUUCUGAACUCGCGUCGCGUCUUGGCUCCGGCGUGCUUGGAAAUGAAAGAUUCAGCUAGACGUGCGCGAUUAAUCGAUAAAUAAUCGAAUCUUUUCAUUGUUUUUUCGAUAAAAUCGAUUUAUUUGAUCAAUCGAUAACCCACCGGCAAAUUAAUUGAAAGCUAUUUUGUGUGAGGCGUUCCUCUUCCUUCUUCAAAAUCAAUGAUUUUUGAAAAUUCGUUCUCACGUAUUAGCAUUUUGCCCCAUCAAAAGUAAUUUUCGAUCAUCAAUCGAAUAAGUCGAUUAUUAAGAUCGAUUAUCCAUUUUGACGACUCGGUAAACAUCAGCUGAAUCUUUCUUAACGCUUUGCAUUUGCGUUUCCGGUAAUGAUUCACCCCCAGUUUUCACAAGACUGAUUCUCCAUUAUUUAUUUUCAAGCCUGUAAAUGUUAUUUAUUUUCUGCUAAAUUAUAACUGCUGUUCUAGAAAAACAUU